UGGCCGGGGAGGGGGAGCCCAUUGCAAGGAGGGGAUGUGUCUGAAAGAGCAACAGGGCAGGGGGAGGGGAGCAACACAGCAAAAGGAGAGCAAAAGCCUCCCAUGAGCAGACAGCUCUUAUCCCCUACACUGCCUGCUGCAGCUUUAACAACUCUCUCCUAAGGGAUCCGUUCCGGACGGGGCACCCAGAGAUGGGAAAUUCGUAUGCAGGGCAACUGAAGACGACGAGAUUUGAAGAAGUUCUGCACAAUUCCAUUGAGGCUUCUCUGAGAUCCAAUACCCUAGUCCCCAGACCCGUGUUUUCCCAGCUAUAUUUGGAAGCUGAACAACAGUUCUCAUCUCUGGAAGGUGGUCGAGCAGACAAUGACGAUGAAGAAGAUGAUGAGGAUGAUGGUUCUGGCUCCAGCAGCCCACCCCUUUCUUACCAGAGUAAACCGCCCCCAGAAGGCUGUUGUACCACUGAUGGAUUUUGUCAGGCCGGGAAGGAUCUAAGACUUUCCUCGUUAUCUGCCGACUGCUUUGAUGUGCCACCUGGAUUUUUACUGGUUGGAGUCAAGUCUCCCAGUCUACCUGAUCACAUAUUAGUGUGUGCAGUGGACAAGAGGUUUUUGCCAGAUGAUAAUGGAUGCAAUGCACUACUAGGAUUUUCUGGCAACUGUGUCGGCUGUGGAGAAAAAGGCUUCCGAUAUUUCACAGAGUUUUCCAAUCAUAUCAACCUGAAGCUCACCACCCAGCCGAAAAAGCAGAAACACUUGAAAUAUUACCUCAUCAGGAAUGCACAGGGGACCCUGACAAAGGGAGCGCUAAUAUCUUGGAAAAACACGGAGGUGAGAAGUCGGAACCUUUCCGCUAACGUGUGCUCAAGCACUGUCCCUGCUAUGCAGGAUGGACCUGGAUCCAUGAAUAAGUCAAGUGACACAAGCACCGCACCCAAUCCGUAUAUGAACAGUGCGGGUGUCCUAACUGGAGAUAGUGGUUACUUGCACUCACAAGUCAGCUCCUCAUACCCCAAUAUGAACGGGUACCUGUGCCCCCAGCAGUCCGCAAAGGUCAAUCCCUCAGCACCAGCAAGAGCCUCUGUUUUAGGAAAUUUGACGAAUUCUGGCCCUCCCAAAAAACGCCACAAAGGAUGGUCUCCAGAGUCGCCAACGUCAACAGAUGCCAGCGUUGCACAGAGCAAUGUUAUUAACUCAAGUAACUGUGGAAAAGGUGAUGCCAUGCCUCAGCUGUGUGCUACACAAUCCACCCCAGGAGGCCUUCUGUCUUCAUCCAUGUCGGUGAGAGCAGAGUCCGUGGCUGUACCCGAGAACCUGCUGAAAACCUGCAUGAUUAAGCCCGUCAUUUUCAAGGGUCACGGGAGCUUCCCCUACCUGUGUGGCAAUGUGAACGACGUGAUUGUGAGUCCUCUCCUGCACAACUGCUACACAAACUCCCAGUCUAUGCCCAAGGCCUACGAACAGUACGGACCCGCCACAAUUCAGCCCAUCUCAGAGGAAAUGCAGCUCCUGCUAACAGUUUAUUAUCUGGUCCAACUGGCUCCAGACCAGGUUCCCUUGAUAGAGGACCUAGAGCAGAUAUUCAUGCGUUCAUGGAGGGAAACGCACCUAGCUGAAAUCCGCCAAUAUCAACAGACUGUUUCGCAGGUUUUCCCUCACCUUCCCAGCCCCAUAACUCCUGUGACUGCCGCACAACUUCCCUGGCUCGCCAGCCUCGCUGCCAGCUCCUGUAACGAGAGUGUGAAGAUCAUUGAGUGCAGCUAUUCCUUAGCAGAAGGGCUUUGUGAGAUGUUCAAGCUGCUGGUUGAAGGGAAACUGACCAAGACCAACUAUGUGGUAAUCAUCUGCACUUCCAGAAGCAAUGGCAUAGAUUCCUGCAUUGUCAUAACAGGAAAAUACCAGGCCCGGAUUUUGGUGGAAAGCAUGUUCUCUCCAUCCGAUUACCUAAAAGAGGUGACCUAUGAACUAGCCAGCGGGAAGGUGGAGAAUUUAGCAGUUUUUUUCCGUGCUCUGUGCCCAGAUGGUGACUUGGAUCUUCUGCUGGACAAGUUUUAUCAGGAAAAUCAAGGUGCUGCCGCUUUAUCGGCAACUAAGCCAAGCGCAGAAACACCGCGUCCUACAUGUGCCAGUUAUAAUAUUGAAUGGCACCAUGUCCGCCCGUCCCAGUUGGCCGUGGCACAAAAGCUCUUAUCGCAUGUCUGCUCCAUAGCCGACUCCAGCACUCAGAACCUUGAUUUGGGAUCAUUCGAGAAAGUGGAUUUUCUUAUCUGUGUUCCUCCAUCGGAGAUAACUUACCAGCAAACACUCUCUCAUCUCUGGAGUUCAGGAGUGUUACUGGAGCUUGGUGUAGAGAAGGCCCUGCUCACAAAGCAGCUGCUGGAACAGUACAUCAUGAAACUGGAUUCCGACGCACCCAAUAAAUUCAAGACGUUCCUUCACAGAGCCUUGCAGAACCCUCACACCUUGUUUGUUCUUGUUCAUGAUCACGCACACUGGGAUCUCACCAGUUCCCUUUAUAGCCCUUACGCUCAGAGUGAGUCCAAUAUGGGGCUUGUGGAUCGACUGUUGAACUGCAGAGAAGUGAGAGACGCGCCCAAUAUAUUGGUCCUUCACGUGACUUCCUUUCCCUAUGCUCUGCAAACACAGAACACACGGAUCAGCCCAUACAACGAGAUCCACUGGCCCUCUUUACACAGUCAUGGGAUGGAGUUGUAUCACGAGAGCAGGAAAUACUUUGGCCUGUCCGAGUUUAUUGAAUCGACUGUUUCCGGUCACAGCCUUCCUCUCCUCCGCCAUGACAGCUCGUUUGAAGCCAUCGUGGUGGCACUAGGAAAGAGAUUUCCCAAGCUCCACAGUGCCGUUAUCAGGACGUUUCUUCUAAUCCAGCAUUACUCUGCUGCUAUGAUGUCCGUCUGUGGAUUAUCACAAAUGAAGAAUUACACGUCGGUGGAAACACUGGAGAUUGUUCAGAACCUCCUGAGCUCUCCUCAGCAGUGCUCCAGUGCUCAUGGCCUCAUGGUCCUCUUAAGGAUCCCGUGUAUCCCGCUGGCCACACUUGCCUACGAACGCCUGUGUCAUGUUAGAGAGCGCCUUGGGCUGCAGCAUCGAUUUGAAAUUCUAAUGGCAACGUCUAACUCAACCAUAAGUGUUAGCAAGCACUUUGUGGACCAGCUGAAGGCCUGGCAGAAGAACGAAGAUGCAAACUGGCAACCGCACACGUAUCUGGAACUGGAAGGUCUGCCCUGUAUCCUGAUUUCUACUGGAAUUGAUCCCCUAGGAGAAUCUUUGCCAAGGUCAUUAAGAUACUGUGAUCUCCGGUUAGUACACUUCUGCACGUGGGAAAGAACCAAGAUGGAGCAAGAGCUGGGAUUAGCCUCAUCUUUCGUUAGCACGGCCACAUAUGCUGACAAAAGGUUGGGCAGGGACAUCUUUGAGAGUGACCCAGAGAAGCUCAGCAGCACAGACAAUGAAGAUGAAGAAAUAGUGACAGAUGGUUCUAACUCUGGAACAAGGACCACCUGUAAAAUACAAAGCUCUCACUCGCACGACUCCACUUCAUCUGCAUGUUCCAAAGCUUCAGAAGAUGCAUUAAGACCACCAUUGCAGGCGAGUGCUGCUAAUGUGGAGAAGAUGAAACAAACAACGGAUAAAGGCACCGGGAAUCCCAUCGCUUGUGAACAACCAGACUCUAACAGUUCUGAUCCAACUGCAAAGAACACUCCAAGCUCAACAUCUGCACCAUCCUCCUGUUUCCCCAAUGGGAUCGACCUGCAGACAUCACAAUGUUCUAUGUCCAAGGCAUAUAAACAGCCGCCGAUAGUUUUCCUCCCCAAACUGGUGUAUGAUAUUAUUACUUCUACUGACAGCAGUGGGCUUUCUAAAUCUUCAUCUUUCCUGCCACAUUGUGAAGUCUCAUGGGCCAGCUCUUUCCGCCCCCUUCUGAGUAAGAUGAUGACUAGUACAGAGCAGUCUUUGUAUUACCGACAAUGGACGGUGCCCAAACAGAGUCACAUGGACUACUGCAAUAUAAACGAAGGCAGAAUGGAUACCUUCCACCCCAGAAGGCUGCUACUCAGUGGACCACCUCAGAUAGGCAAAACUGGAGCUUAUUUGCAGUUCCUCAGCGUUUUGUCCAGAAUGCUGAUUAGACUGACUGAAGUGGAUGUAUAUGAUGAAGAGGAAAUCAAUAUGAGCCCCAGAGACAAAACCGACCAACAUUUCCAUCAGAUUUUGGAUACGUGGCCUAACGUGGAGACAGUUAAGAAAAUGGAUUUUGAUUAUACUCUACAUGACCCCAAGUAUGAAGAUGCCAGUGCCAUUUGCUCAGCGUUUCAGGAUUUCCACAAUGAAGAUAAACCCGUCAGAAAGAAAAAUGAAGAUGUUUUUAUGAGGCGCCCCACAACCAGAAUGCGGUUAUCAAAGUAUGCCUCCUACAACACGUACCACCAUUGUGAGCAGUGCCACCAAUACAUGGGAUACAACCCAAGGUUCCAGAUGUAUGAGUCCUCCCUUCAUGCUUUUGCAUUCUCCUAUUCUCUGCUGGGAGAAGAAAUUCAACUGCACUUCAUCAUCCCCAAGUCCAAAGAACAUCACUUUGUCUUUAGCCAGCCAGGGGGCCAGCUGGAAAGCAUGAGGUUGCCACUGAUUACAGAUAAGAAUCCAGAUUGUGUGAAGAGUCCUAUCUUCACUCCAACCACAGGCCGCCAUGAGCACGGGCUCUUUAAUCUCUAUCAUGCUAUGGAUGGCAACAGCCACUUACACAUUUUGGUUGUCAAGGAAUACGAGAUGGCCAUCUAUAAAAAAUAUUGGCCAAACCACAUCAUGUUGGUCCUUCCAAGUAUCUUCAACAGCGCUGGUGUAGGGGCAGCUCAUUUCCUAAUCAAAGAGCUUUCUUAUCAUAACCUGGAGCUGGAGCGUAACAGACAAGGGGAGCUGGGAAUCAGGCCACAAGAUGUCUGGCCUUUUGUUGUCAUUGCUGAUGACUCGUGUGUCAUGUGGAACACUGUGGAUGUCAGUGUAACAGGGGAUCAGACGAGGGAUUAUUCAUGUUCUGAAAGAAACAUAUCUUUGAAGUACAUCCUUCAGCACAUGGAGGCCUCCCAGAAUAUUUCCCAGUAUGCUAUUCUUGGAAUGCGGAAAUGGACAAGUAAGAACAAAGACAUGGAUAUGAAGGAGCCGUUCUCUCGCUGCCAUGUCCAUGAUUUUGUCCUGCUCAAUGUGGACCUGACACAGGAUGUACAGUACAACCAAAACAGAUUCACCUGCGAUGAUGUUGAUUUCAAUCUUCGAGUGAAUAGCGCUGGACUGUUAAUAUGUCGGUUCAACCACUUCAGUGUUAUGAAAAAGCAGAUUGCAGUUGGUGGCCAUAGAUCCCUACAUAUCAAAUCAAAGGUUCUAGACUCUUCGGUGUCCGUUUCCCCUGCUCAGUACAUCUGCGCCCCAGACAGCAAACAUACAAUUUUAGCUGCACCGGCUCAUCUGCUACUUGAGAAAUUCCUUCAGUUUCACAGCCACAGAUUCUUUCCACUCUCACUCAACAAUAGCAGCCAUCCUGUGCUUGUAGUGGAUUGUUACCUUAAUCUGGGGCCACAGAUAAGAGUUUGCUAUGUGAACUCCCGCCCUCACUCUACCAACAUUAGCUGCCCUGGAGUGCUGUUCAGUGGGCUCCUCCUGCACCUCUCUGACUCAUUCGUGGUCGCUGGGUUUUUGAAAAGGUUUCAGUUCCUGAAAGGUGCUACACUGUGCGUGACAUGUCAGGACCGUAAUUCUCUGCGCCAGACUGUUGUUCGGCUGGAACUGGAAGAAGAAUGGCAGUUCCGACUACGUGAUGAGUUCCAAACCGCCAACGCUAAAGAAGACAAGCCUCUGUUCAUCCUUACUGGCCGCCAUGUUUAAAUAUCUCCAGUGACUUGUGGCCACAUUUAUAGACUAAUGCUCUUUCCCUCCGGUACUUAUUUCUAAGCCCCCAGUGUUUCAACUUUCUAGGGAUUCAUCUUUUGCACUGGAUUAUACAUUGCUAUGAAAGCAAUAAAGGACAUUUCCUUCCCUCGAGAUAUUUUCUAUGCGGAAGGAAACGCUGUCAACAGCUUUGGCCAUUUAUAGCUUAUCUUUUAUUUAAUAUAUAUAUUUACAAGCACUAUUAAAGGAGGACUUUUGUAAUUUAGUUUUUAUCUGUAGAUGCAAUAGGUCCCAGCCUACCAAUGUAUUAGUUACUGGCAACGGACAUAUUUGAAUUAUUUCCUGUGCCCUUAAAGUAAGUCUUUAGAGUGAUCUUAAAUAUUGUUAGUAUUGCCAUGUGGUAAUAAUAAAUGUAAUUCUUUUGUGAUGGAGGUGUCCAAGGAGACACUUCUUCUGGCCUCCUCUUGUUAAGUGCAGUGUUAACCCAAUGCAAGGCUGUUGUUAUGGUGGUCCCAGCGUGGGUGAUUACCCUAAGGCCUACAGAUAAGGGAGCCCUAUAGAACAGAUAAUAGAGGUAGAAAGAGUAUGAUAAAGCUAUACACUAUAUGGCUCACAUAUUUAGCUACUAACUGUGCAACAACCCCUGUACCAAUGAGAUGAUUGCCUCUGGGAGGGAUAUCUGGGAUCUCAGUCUAUUAAUACAAGUUAAAACAUGACGUCAAAGACCUGAUUGGUUGCUAUGGGUAAACUACACUGGUUCAGUUGAGCACCUGUAGUAGUAGGCCAAUCCAUUAUCAGAUAUAACAGUGAUGCCCUAGCUGAGAGUCCUCAGCUGUUAUUAAUGUACAGUCCUGUAGGCUGAUAGAUUGGCUCACACUACUUUAUAUUAUUGAGAAUAUAGUCAAUGGGGGCCCUUCAAGUACGUUUUGCCCUGGGCCUUGCCACCACUAAAGAUGGACUUGGCCAGACAGACCCUCUUUCUUUUGUAUAAACCAAGGUAAUCCAACCUUCAUUCCUCCUGUUGGGCUGGUGCUUGCACAUUUCUGGUAAAGGUUCAAGUAAUAUGCAAGACUUAGGUCUUGGACACACAUGUGGACCUUCGCCACGUUUUUGAUGCGGUUCGCGCCGCAGUUUUUAAAAGAAGCCAACUGCCUCAUAGAUACCACUAGUGGUUUAAGCUUAAGGCAAUGGCAACUUACGCUAGUGUAUUUAUGCAGAUACACAGUGGUCAGCUUUUUUAAAAACCACUGUGUGAACCAUGGCGAAGAUCUGCAUGUAUGUCCAAUAGGGGGUUAUUUACUAAAAUCCAAAUUAAUCUCAUUAUAUUAAUAAAAAAUUAAAAAGAAAAAAAAAAAAAAGCACGACAAACCCCCAUCCCGAUCUGAUCGUAUUUAUUAAUUAAAAA